AUGGCUCUUUUAGAUCGAUUUAACAAACAAACUACAAACUCAGAAGUUCAUGAGCUGGAUUCCAGUUCAGAUUCAGGCUCAGAUGCUAUCAAAGUUAAUGGUUUUGCCACCCAUGACGUUAAUGAACCAUACAUUGAUUUGUCAGUUGAUUUAGAUGAAAAAGAAUUGGCAAGAAGAUCAACAUGGUGGUAUAAAGUGUCUUUAUUCUUUUGGGAUUCAAUAGAUAAACAUCCAUUGGAAAGAUCAUUUUUAUUCAAACUAGAUUUUUUCCUUUUAAGUUCUUCAAUGUUGGGUUAUUUUAUCAAAACUCUUAAUCAGUCAAAUCUUGGUACUGCUUAUGUUAAUGGUAUGAAAGAACAUUAUGAAAUGAAUGGUAAUCAAUAUAAUUAUUUAACAACGUUAUGGACUGUUGGUUAUAUCAUUGGUCAAGUUCCUUCAAAUUUGAUUCUACAUAGAAUCUCUGCACGUUAUUAUUUGGCGUCAUUAGAAUUAUUGUGGGCUAUCUUAACAGUUUUGAUGGUUACUCCAAAAACAUUGAGUGGGAUGUACGCUUUAAGAUUCUUUAUUGGGUUGACUGAAUCUGGAUAUUUCCCUGGUUUAGAAUAUUUGAUUGGUUCUUGGUAUAGUCGUCAAGAAUUGUCUAAAAGAGCUGCAUUUUUCGGUUGUGCAGGUACAGCUGCUGGAUUAGUUAGUGGUCCAUUACAACAACGAAUCUUGACAUCUGAAUGGGCACAACAUGGAUUGAAGCCAUUCCAAUGGAUGUUUGUUAUUGAUGCUAUUAUUUCUGCCCCAAUUGCAUUUUACACAUUAUUUGUUGAUCCAAAUACACCAUCAACAACAACAGCUUUCUAUUUCAAUGAUACAGAUAAGAAAAUUGCAUUGGAAAGAAGAAGAAGAAUUGGUGCACAGUUGAAUACAAGAGAAGCUUACACACUGAAGAAAAUCAAAUCAUUUUUCAACACAUGGCAUAUUUAUGUCUUUCCAAUCUUGUUCCUUGCUUUCAACAAUGCAUAUCAACCAAUUACUUCACAAGUUUUCCAAUUGUGGAUGAAGAUGGAUUUGAAAUUAAGUUCUUAUGAUUAUAACAUUUAUCCUAUCGGUAUUUCUGGUGGUGGUAUUGGGUUGUCGUUAACAGUUGCAUAUGUGAAUGAUUACUAUAAAGGUCGUUUGACUCCAUAUUUGUUGUAUUAUAUGUUUGUAUCUGUCUUAUUCAGUUGUGUUGUUCUUGCAGUUUGGGAUAUUCCAGAAGGCUUGAAAUGGUAUGCAUACUUCGGUAUUGGUAUUCCAUUGAGUAUUGGUCAACCUUUGAUUUUCACUUGGGUGAAUAAAAUGUUGGCCUAUGAUGAUAUGAAAAGAAAUUUCCUUGUUGUUUGUACUAAUAUGUUGGCUUAUGUUACAGGUGCAUGGGUCCCUAUCUUAACGUUUGAUCAAACACAAGCUCCAAAAUUCCAUAUUGGAUUCAGUUAUACUGCUGGUUUAGGUGGUCUUGGUAUAGUAUGUACUACAAUUGUCUGGAUAUUGAGUGCGCGUGAUGGUAGACGAAAUAAACUUAGAGAGAAAGAAGCUGAAGAUAGUGCAUCAUCAGCUUAG